AUGGCCAAUACUUUAUUUCAAUUUGCUGAUGAUUUUAAGGUCUUGGGUGUUACUGGCUGUGAGGAGGAUGCUACUGUUUUACGGAAGGAUGUGGAUUAUUUGGUCACAUGUAAAGGACAGGAGUUGUUUUUACAAGUGUGUAACUACUUGGGUUUUACUGAAACAAAGCUGUUUGGUCUGGCUUUAGUGAUCAAUGGAGAGUUUAUAUUUAUUGACCAGAAUAUUAAGUUAGUCAAAUAUGCUCCAAAAGGAUGGAAAAGUCAGCCAGGAUCAGGAGUGAAUUCUAUUGGAGUCCCAUAUCUUACUGUCCACUUUAGAGUUCAAUUUUAUAUUGACAGUCAUUUGCUUAUUAGUGAUAAAGUAGCCAGGCAUCACUACUUUCUUCAGCUUCGGGAGAAUGUGCUUAGAUAUUGUCAUUCAGUAGCAGAUGAUCGAGCCUUCAUUCUUGCAGCGUAUGCUCUACAAGCAGAUGUUGGAAACUUGAAUAAAGAGAAGCAUCAAGGGAAAUACUUUGAACCAUCUGUGUACUUCCCAUCAUGGAUUAUUGAAAGGCUUGGAGAAGAUUACAUUGUACAACAUCUUCCUACGAUGCAUCAAGAUAACUGGGGUUUGAGUAAAGGAGAAGCUCACACUGGAUAUAUUCGAGAAGCUUCUGAUCCAAAGACUCCUCACAAUAUGCACCUUUACUGCAUGAAGAGAAAAAAGGCCAAGUUUUGUGAUGACAUAUGGCUAGGCAUCUGCUGCAAAGGCAUUGAACUCUAUGAGGAAAGUCUUGGUAUUACUAAAAGACAUCUCUCCACCUUCCUGUGGCCAGAAAUAAUUAAACUUCAUUUUGAUAAAAGGAAGUUUGAAAUUAGGACAGCUGGACAACACAAAAGUAGAAAGUUUAUGUACUAUGGUAGCACUGAAGAAGUGACCAGAAAUAUUCUCUUCCUGAGCAAGUUAACCCACCAGUUUAACAUGGUGAUACAGCCUAAGUUACAAGAAUUGAAAAAAUUAAACCUUGAUGAAAAGGAAAAAACUUACAGAGAGUCGUACAUCUACAGUGAUAGUAUGGAUUUAGCCUUGGAACAGGGAAAAGCUGAUUCUGUGACCAUUCUAGGAAAAAAUCCUAGAGCUGGAAGUUCUGGUAGUAAUCAACCAGUAUCAAUUAUCAGUAGCCUUUCUUCUAACACGACAUCUGGAAUAAUUUCUGAUAAAGUACAGAGUCUAGAUGAAAGUGAAGAUGACCUAGAGAUGGAUGAAGGCUUUAGGUCACAUGCAGGAGCCUCACUGGAGUCCUUGACCACAGGAAGUUUGUAUAGCUAUGGACUAGCACCUCAUUAUUCACAAUCAGAAUUAAAUCUUACACCUGGGAGUUACCUAGAUUGUUCUCACUCUAUCAUUAGAAAUGGCAGCUGUCAUGUCCCAAAGAAACCACCUGGGUCAAAAUCAAAUCCCAACACUCCACUGUGUGCCUCUGUCCAGCAACUUAAUUCCUUGUCUGGAACUGAUUGUGAUACAUGUGAAAGGUUAUCUUCUAGUGGAACAGAAAGCGUGCACAUUCAGAAAGUGAAAUCAGAUGAUAUUUCAUCAAAUAAAAAACAAAAGAGUCUAACUAGACCCAGGUUAAAAAAUUGUCUUAUUUCACAACUUUUUUCAAACUUUUUUCCACAACUAAAAACAAUAAAUCCAAGACAUGAUGCACCCAGACAACCCUCCAUGUCAAGUGCAGAUCAGUGGGCAACACCAAGUUAUCAUUCAACAGUAUCGGCUGUGAACACCGAAGUUGUUUACAGUUCAAGAGAACCAGAUGAAGUAAGAGUAAACACUACAACUAUGGGUGACUCAAAUUUAGUUGAAGCAGGUAACCCUACUAGGAAUGUUUCCACACCAAACCGUUGUGUAACUAGAAUUGGAGUUUCUUCAUUGACUCGGAUUCAGAAACAGCCAAUGUCAUUAUUUAUGGACUGUGGUUAUGGAAUGGGUCCUGCCGAGUCAGAACCCAAUUUGUACCGUUCACACUUAUGGUCAUCUUUUCCUUCUCUAUCAGCAGUCAGUGUAGGAUGUUAUCAUACUGAAGGCUGUCUCAGAAAAUUGUCCAGUCAGCAGCCACUUAACUAUUUGGACAACUCCACAGUACCAGCAGAAUAUAAUUGGAGUAAGCUAUCUCAUACCACUACUGGUGAAUUUCCUUUUGUCCCUCCUCCACCAGGCUACAGAAAUAGUUUGGGUUCAUUACAAAUAAAUCAGAACUGUGAAUUAUCACUGAACAGUAGUCCACUAACAAUUUCCCAAGAGAACAUUUCUGAUCAGGUUAGUUCGUGUAACAUCCUAAAACACCAGAGAUUGGUUCAGGAUUAUUACUACACUACUCAAAUUCACCACCGGACACUUGAUGACUUAAGUCAGCUUGGAAAGAGUAGUCACACUCUGGAUUUUCCUUUUAUCACUGGACUUUACAAUGAUCGAUCUUUACUUAUGCUUCCAAAAACAGUCCCAACUUGCUCCAGACAACGUCACCUUGGGUCUAGAAAAGAUCUAAGAAGAUUUUCUUGUAGUUGUGAGAGUUCUCUACUCAAAGCUGAUGAUUUGUCUAAACUUUCACAUUCAGAAUCCAGACCAGUCAGUUGGCACUUAAGUUCGGUGGGUACAUCAUAGUGUGGAAUUGAUAUCAGAAUGACUUGAAGAUCUGUUGUAAUAUCUUGUUUCUUUGUGCAGUAUGUUACUUCAAAAUACACAUAAGCCAGUUCUUAACUACCACUCCUUUGCCCUGUAUCAUGUGUACAAAUUUUAAAUAAACAAGAUAUGAACGUAAGAAAACCAUAAUUUAAGAAAGGUAUUGUUAUGACUUAUCCAUCCAGGUGUGUUUUACUCAGUGAAUGUGUUCUUAAGUUCAGUAUGAAACAUUCCUUUAAAUAACGAGAGAAAUUUUAUCCAUGAUUUUUGUCUUCUAAAUAACCAUAAAGAGCUAUGCAGCCAUGACAUUCCUGACUAAGCUAUCUAAAAUCUACCUGUAAUAAUAUGGUUGUUAGAUGAACUGAGAACCUUUUAUAAUAUUAAUCCUUAAUAAAUUAUUUGAAGACUUGCAUUCUUCCAUUUUAUGUGGCAAUAAAGAAAACUAGUCUAAUUUUGGUGGUUUGGUAUUGAUGACUUAAGAGAUUUUUCCUAACCAGUAUAUAGUAUAGCAGAAGAAACGAAGAAAAAACUGCAUCAGUUUUUCAUAGUAGACAACAAUAACAAAUUUUAUGCCUUUA